AUGGCUAUGGAAAAUGACUCCUCAGUGGCAGAGUUUUUCCUUACAGGAUUAACAAACAGACCUGAGCUGCAGCUGCCCCUGUUCUUCCUGUUCUUGUGUUGGUCCCACUGGAGCGUUCUCCUUUCUUGGCCGGGAAACAUGAGCUUAAUUGUUCUAAUUUUCCUGAAUUUGCACCUUCACACCCCCAUGUACUUUUUCCUCUUUAACUUGUCCUUCAUUGAUUUCUGUUAUUCAUUUGUCUGUACCCCUAAAAUGCUCCUAUGCUUUGUUUCAGAGAGGAACAUCAUCUCCUUUGCAGGAUGCAUGACUCAGUUAUUUUUCUUCUGCUUUUUUGUGAAUGCAGAGUACUAUGUGCUGACAGCCAUGGCCUAUGAUCUCUAUGUGGCCAUCUGUCAGCCUCUGCUGUACAGGGUGGUCAUGUCCCCUAGGGUCUGUUCUCUGCUGAUGUUGGGUUCUUACUUGAUGGGGUUUGCAGGUGCCAUGGCCCACACAGGGUGCAUGAUCAGGCUCAGCUUCUGUGACUCCAAUGUCAUCAAUCAUUACAUGUGUGACAUUCUUCCCCUCCUUCAACUGUCCUGCAGCAGCACCCACGUCAAUGAGCUUGUGAGCUCUGUUGUUGUGGGGACAGUUGUCAUUGUAUCCAGCCUCAUUAUCGUAAUCUCUUAUGCUUUGAUUCUUUACAAUAUCCUUCAUAUGUCCUCAGCUAAGGGUUGGUCCAAAGCCAUGAGCACCUGUGGUUAUCACAUAGUAACUGUUGGCCUGUUCUAUGGAUUUGGGCUGCUCACUCAUGUUAAAACAUCAUCUCCAGGAUCUGUGACCCAGGAGAAAUUCUUCUCCGUGUUUUGCAAUUUUGGGGUUCCCAUGCUUAAUCCCCUCAUUUAUAGCCUCAGGAACAAGGAUGUCAAACUUGCUCUGAAGAGAACUUUGAAGAGAAUCACAAAUUGA